AUGGAGGCAGCCAAAGCUCUGCCGGGUGAGGUCAUAAGCCGCAUUCGCAAGCACCUGAACCCUGUGGCUCGCGAGAACAUGCUGGCGCUGUAUCAGUAUCUGCGUCGAGACAAGCUUCGAGGUGUGUCGCGUCCAUUGUGGGUGGAUAAGAGGUUCCAGAAGGUGCUGCUGGAGCUCCCGUUCCUUGUCGAUAUUUUCGCUACGAUGGCUGCUGAGCAGUUGGUGAAGCGCGCGUACCCUGCCAUGCCGCUACUGCGUGCGCUGUCUCUGCUGUCUAGUAUUGCCCAGGGAAGCUUUGUGCCUGAUGAGGUAGCUCUACGUGACCAGAACGAGCGUAUUGCAGCUGCUGAAGGUCGACUGCCGAAGCUACACUUGGAAGGCACGACGUUGGCUGUUCUGGACGAGCCCAACGUUCAACCAGGAGACUGGAUCACUCUUCAGACAACACUGCAACGUCAGCAUCUGGAAGUAGCUGAGAAGGCAUCUCUGGCUGCCACAGUCUACGAUCACGUCGAUCCGAAGAGUCCGUUCCGCAAAGAGCACGUGUGGUUCCUCGUCGUGGACAAGGCAACUGGUCGUCUGUAUACGGCGUGGAAGAAGACGGGAUUCUUAGGCCCCGAGGCACCUGGCAAGUACGAGCUCGAGGUGCGUGUGGUGUGCCCCACUUAUCUGGACGUGCAGACCAAGGUCGCUGUGCCUGUUGUCGUGGAGAACCGCUGAAGCACAACAGGCUCAAGAGUCCUGAUGGAUAGAGAAACAAGGAAAGAGCUACGUCGAUAUGUGUUCAAGUAACAUGAAUUGCCGAUAAGGAAACCCAAUCCCAUGACGUCGUUGACACGGGAACAGCCUCUCUCUAACCAUGAAGACCGUCCUUUUACCACUUGGCACGCAGCUCGUUCGGGAACGCCGUCACGAAGUCCAGCCACUUCUCAACGUUCGGGUAUUUCUUGAGGAUGUCCUUGCCCACCACCUUGACACGUUCAAACACGGCUGUGUCGUCCUUCGACGGGGACGAGCCGUUCACGAACGUGGAGCCGGCCAAACGCUUCUCCAGCACAUCCAGAGCCACCGAGCCUGUGGCCGAGAUGAGUGAAGCCGAACCGCCAGCCGACGGGGCCGGGGCAGCCUGCUCGUCCGGCUUCAUGGCAGGGAAGAGCAGCACUUCCUUGAUAUUGAAGCGGUUGGACAGGAACAUGGUGAGACGGUCGACACCACAGCCCCAGCCGGCAGUGGGCGGCAGACCGUACUCCAUAGCAGUACAGAAGGACUCGUCGUGCGGCUGGGCCUCGUCGUCACCAGCGGCAGCCUGCUCCAUCUGCUCGAUGAAGCGCUCGCGCUGCACCUUGGGGUUGUUGAGUUCUGUGUAGGCAUUGCAGAUCUCCGCGCCAGCCAGGAACAGCUCGAAACGCUCGGUAAGUGCAGGCUUCUCGCGGUGAUACUUGGCCAGAGGUGAGUUGUACACAGGCUGGUCCAUGAUGAAGAAAGGCUUGGUCCAGUAGGCCUUGUUGUCCUCGAUAAAGUGACCCACCAGCUUGUCAAGCAGGCGCGCGAUGGAGCGAGGCGGAGCGCACUCGAGUUCGUACUUGGUCACGAGUUCCUCCAGGAUAGCUACACAUUUCUCCGGCUCAUCAAUGGGGACCUUGACACCUGUAGCCUCCUCCACUGCCGACACCAUACUCACACGCUUGAACGGCGGCGUAAAGUCGAUCGUCACGGCUUCCUCACCAGGCUCCUUCUGGAUCGUAAUGGUGUACCCACCCGUAAUCUCCUUGACCAUCUCCGAGAAGAGCUUCUCCGUCAUUGUCAUGAGGUCGUUGUAGUCGGCAUAGGCCAUGUAGAACUCGCAGCUAGUGAACUCGGGGUUGUGCGUCAGAUCGAUACCCUCGUUACGGAACUGACGUCCGAUCUCGUAGACGCGGUCGAGUCCGCCGAUCACCAGCUGCUUGAGGUAAAGUUCGGGGGCCACACGCAUGAACAGGUUCAUGUGCAGAUCGUUGUGGUACGUCACGAAAGGUUUGGCCGUCGCUCCACCCACGAUCAUGUUCAUCAUGGGGGUCUCGACUUCUAGAAAGUUCUUUUCAUCUAGAAAACGACGAAUAAAAUUGAUGAUCUUGGCGCGAGUCUGGAACACACCACGGCUGUCGUCGUUCAUGAUCAGAUCCAGGUAGCGCUGGCGGUAGCGAGUGUCUUGCUGCAGUGUCAGACCAGCGUGGCUCUUGGGCAACAUGUGCAUGCACGGAGAGAGCAGCACCAGUUGCUGAGGGAAGAUAGACAGCUCACCCUUCUUGGACUUGCCCGGGUGGCCCU